GCACCGAGAUAUUACAAUAAGUGCAUACAAACGAUGACGUGAGAAGUAACCGAUAUAAAAGUCACAAAAAAUAUGUAGGAAAUUCAAAUAUUAAAACAGAACAGCAGUGUCACGUAUCCAGGAAAUUGGAGAAGCUGGAGAAGUGACGGGAGACGUGAUCACAGACUUGGAAGAAGUGGCCAGAGAAGCGAGAGAAGUGACGACAGAUGCGGGAGAAGUGACCAGAGAUACGGGAGAAGUGGUCAGAGAUGCGGGAGAAGUGACCAAAGAUAUGGGAGAAGUGACCAGAGAUACGGGAGAAGUGACAAGGAAUGUUGGAAAAGUGGUCAGAGAUGCGGUGUGAGUGUGGGUGUUGGCGUGGAUAUAGGCGUGAGUGUGGGUAUAUGUGUGUGUACGAGUGUGGGUAUAGAUGUGGGUGCAGGUGCGGGUGUGAGUGUGGGUAUAGGUGUGGGUGCGGGUGUGGGUGUAGGUGUCGGUAUGGGUGUGGGUACAGAUGUGGGUGCGGCUGUGGAUAUAGUUGUGGGUACGGGUGUGGGUGUGGAUAUAGAUGUGGGUGUGGGUACAGGUGUAGGUGUGGGUGCGGGUGCGGGUGUGGAUAUGCGUGUGGCUGUGGGUAUAGGUGUGCGUGCAUGUAUGAGAUUAGUUUCGUGUUGGGUGUGAGUGAGAUUGUUCGGGUGCGCGCACAGUUUAUUUAUUUCCUUUCCUUAGGAGAAGAUAAAGACCCACAAGGACACGUACAUACCCACAGAGAAUCUUUUGUUUCACGUCAGUGGUCACUUCUCCCGCAUCUCUGAUCACUUCUCCCGCAUUUCUGAUCACUUCUCCCGCAUCUCUGGCCACUUCUCUCAUAUCUCCCAUCACUUCUCUAGCAUCUCUGAUCACUUCUCCCAUAUCUCCCAUGACUUCUCCAACAUCUCUGACCAUUUCUCCCACAUCUCAGAUCACUUCUAUCGCAUCUCCCGCAACGUCACUUCUCCCGCAUCUCCCUGUACUUCUCCAGCUUCUCCGAUUUCCUGGAUAUGUGACACGUCUCAAACAGAAACACUGCGAAAGUAGAUUGCAAAUGACUGAUUUUGGUGAUUUCGUCAAAAUUUAUAAAUUCGAACGGUAUUUGCGAAGUUUGUCCAUACAAACAAAAACUUCACGUUUAUAUCUAUCAUCUGAGAAGAAAUUGGUUGAUUAAGUUUGAUAAAUAAUGAAAUCCUACGAAUUUACUUAACGCACUUGUGGAAAGUCUUGUAUAUUCGUGAUAAUAAAAAAAAGUAACCAACGAAUUAUAUCAAUAUUAUUUAGAAGUUUUAUUGCACCAGUUAAACACUUUUAGAAUGUUUUUUAUUUAAAAACAAUGUAUCGAUAUGACUUUCACCAAAUAAAUGAUGUAUGUAAUCAAGUUUUUAAUUUUUUGCGUAAUUAAUCCAUUUCCUUUAAAUAAAUAAUAAUUGAUUAUAUAAUACUGUUUUUGAAGAGUACGGAUGUGCAUGCGUGUCAAAGACACUACUUAUACAUCGACAUUCACACUCUAAUUAUCUAUCUAUUCGAUUGAACUUCAUUAGAGACAUUCUUCAUAGAACAGUGAUUAUGUUUCUGCUUGACUAGAAAAUUUUUUUUUCAAAAUUACAAAAAUGAAUGAUUCCAUACAUGCAUACAGGUGUUAAUCUUUUCUUUCUGUACAUCGACAUCCUUCAAUAUUGUCCCUUUCUUCUCACGAACCAGAAUCAAUCUAUCCGUGAAUUUGAAUGCUAGUCUAAGAUUUGUUUUUUAACAAAUUAAAUUCAACACACUCUGUAAUUAUUACUUUUCUUUUACAUUGAUUGUCCUAUAAAAGUAUUGUGCUAUCUUAAGAUCAACAUGCAAUAACAGUUGAAUCAACCACUAAUUAUGUAGAAUCUGUACCAGCGAAAUUAUUAUUUUACCAUGUCAGCAAUAUCAUGCCGUUUUCAGGUUUCAUCUACUAGUACGUAGUAAUUAUAUUAAAAGAUUUUUCCAUUAGAUGUCAGGUUUUUUCCCAUCAUUGGCAAUAUUCUUUCGAUUUUUAGUGCGCAUUUCAUUCAUCAGUUUUGGAAUUUCUGCUAAUGACUAAUACUUAAGCUAUAGAUGUGCUAUUUUCCAUAUCAUUUUUAAGUAUUUUUUGACAAGUGUGCAACUAAACAGAAAAAACAAGUUUUCUAAAAGCUCUAUCUCUUUUAUUUUAGCCAACGAUAUCAACAUUUUAGCUUAAAAACUGCUGCAAAUGUCUCCAUUCAGUAGUAUAUUGUAAUCUAAACAGCAUUUUUACAUUCUUCUGGAAUUUCAAAUAUACUUGGAUCAUUAAUUUUUGGUACAUAAUUUGUAACUGUUACAGAAUUAAUUGCACCUGAAAUUAUCCUAUAUGGGUGUGAUGGGUGUGGGUGUGGGUGUGGGUGUGGGUGUGGGUGUGGGUGUGGGUGUGGGUGUGGGUGUGGGUGUGGGUAUCCAUUCCGAGAAGACACAAGUCCACACCCAUACCCACCCACACCCACACCCACACCCACACCCAAAAUGUUCAUCUUUCUCUAAGUAAUGUAUCCAUAUUUCAAUUAACUCUGGUAAACUCUUAUCCAUUAAAUUAGUACUACUAGAUUAAUUAUGUAGUCUAUAUAUACAAUGAAACAUCUGUUUAAACAAUACCUUUAGAAUAUUUUAUAUCUGUUUUAAUCAAAUGAUUUAUUUUUUCAGUAUGAAAGAGUAAACUUGAAAUAUAUAAUAGAAAUAGAACAAUUUGAAUAUAUAAAUGAUCAUCGAAAAAUAAUAUUCUUUAUAAAAAAAAAACUGUAAUAGAAAAUGAGGGUGUGGGUGUGGGGUGUGGGUGUGGGUGUGGGUGUGGUGUGGGUGUGGGUGUGGGUGUGGGUGUGGGUGUGGGUGUGGAUGUGGGUGUGGGUGCGUGGGGGAGUUGGUGUGGACGUCAAUGUAUGUAAUGCCCUCGUUCAUACCCACACCCCCACCCCCACCCCCCCCCCCCACCCCCCCCCUCACACACCCCCCCCACCCCCCCACCCCCGCCCCCACCCCCACACCCACCCCCACACCCCACCCCCCCACCCACCCCCACCCACACCCACACCCACCCACACCCACACCCACACCUACCCACACCCACACCCCCACACCCACACCCACACCCACACCCAACCCCACGCCCACACCCACACCCACACCCUCAAGAUUCUACACCUUCGAUUAUAAUAUCGAUGAAGAAAAAGUUAAAUUGCACUUUAUCUUCAUCGAACUAUUGUCUAUUAUAAAUAUUUAUUUUGAUUAGUUUUCAUGAAGAUGAAGGAGAUAUUUGUGUUUUUUAAUAUCUGUAUUAAUAAGUUUCUCAUUAGAAUGAUCAUUCGAUCAUGAAAAUUGACUUUUUUUUAAUCUUGUUCAAAAAGUGAUUUUCCUAUAAAUCUAUUAGCUUUUUCUUACCAAUAAUAAAAAACUCUAAUUCUCAGUGAAUUUCUAUUUUUACUAAACUGGUAAUACGUAAAGUAAAUCGAAUUUAAUUAGACGAAAGAAGAAUAUUUUGUUUAUAUUUAUUUAUUAAAGUUUUUCAAGUUGUGUAAUUCGAUAUUUUUAAAAUAGAUACCAAAAUUGAAAUGCUUUACAUUAGAAAGUCUUAUUGAUACUGAUUUUGAAUUUACUUAUUUAAAAUGGCUUCUUAAUAAUUUAAAUUAUAUUACAAAACUACAAAUUCAUUUAUGUGGCAGAUAUCUAUGGAAGGAAGAUCAAUUAAUAUGGAAAUCUGUUAUUGAUGCAAAUUUUAUUCAUCAGUAUUGUUUACCUGAUAAAAUAAUUAAUUUAAAAUAUUUUUAUUUUUAUAUUUGUGUGGCAUGUCAAUCAUCAUUAAAUAAUAUUUCAGAAAUAAUUAAUCCUUUUAAAAUAAAUUCUUUUUUUAUUUCACAUCAAUGGACAAAUGUUCAAUGUGUUGAUGAUGAAAAUACAUCAUAUCAACAUAUAUUCUCUUCUAAUCUUAAGAAAUUUCAACGUUCUAUUAUUUUUUCUAAACAUCCAUAUCUAUAUGAAUGGCCUAAUAUUGAAUAUAUUCAAGAUAGUACUUAUCCAUCAUUCUAUUUAUUUCUCAAACCAUUCAAUAAAUUAUGUUCUAAUGCUUCUUUUACGAAAAUUGAUAUGGGUAAAUGUCUUUCUUUUUAA